UGAUCUUUCACAUUGGGAGCAUUUUGUUUUGCUUUAUAAAUAUGCAUUGGAGUCGACAGUCUCAACAUAGCUACUAUUUAGCUAGUGGAACACAAAAACUAUGGCUUCCUUCGGCUACUUCAAGAGGGAUCUUAACCAGGUGUUAUUCGAAGGAGAUUCAUUUUAUAGGGAAGUGAUAUUGAAUAGACCAACCAAGUUAAAUAGCCUCAACUAUGAAAUGAUUUCUCAAAUGCUGAAGAAGUUCAGAGACUUUGAGAUGGAUUCUACUGUCAAAUUUGUAAUUUUGAAGGGAAAUGGGAAAGCAUUUUGUGCGGGGGGAGAUAUUGUUUCAGUUGUUGGUUCCAUAAUAACAGGAUCUUGGAGUUUUGGAGCAAGAUUUUAUGAGAAUCAGUUGACCUUGGACUACUUACUGGCUACAUAUAGAAAACCUUUGUGUUUGGCAGCCAAGAAAUUGAAGGAAAAGUAAAGUUUAAAGCUUGGAAAAAUCUCGUAGUAAGGUGCUGAAGGUAAGGCCCAGUGAACAUUAGACUGGGAUUUUGGAGUCCGGAUCUACAGAAGUGUCCAGGGUGUCAUCUCCUCAGCAGUGCAUGUAGAUAUGGCCCAUGUCACACCCUACUCCUCCGUAAGGCAUAACAUGAUCCCAUAGUACACCUAAUGAAUUACUGUCAUUCGCCUACCGAUAACCCAUUAAAUAUACUACAAGGGAUUUCAAAAUAAUUUCUGUUCAUUUUUAA